UGAAUUUUUAUUUGAAUAUACUUCAUUCUUCUAUUUAUUUUCUUUGUCUAUAUUUAUUUCAUUCAAAAUUCGAGACUAUCAUAUAUCUUUAUAUCUAUAAUUUAAUAAUCUUUAAUGUAAAAAAUAUGAAAUUCAUGUUCUAUUUUGCAAAAUAUAAUAAUGUAAAUAUAAUAUAAAAUAUCUCGAUAUUUUAAUGCAACAUUUAAUGUAACAUUUUAAUGCAAAACAUUACUUAGAGAUAACGAGAGAAUUUAAAUUAUAGGAUUGGUUCAAGAACAAUAGAAUUAGAGACAAAUUUCGAAAUCUAAUUAUUCUAAAAAUCUUCUAUCCAGGAUUCAUAUCAUUUGUCGAAUCCUUCUUCAAUAUUUUAAAAUUUCAAUUAUCUGUUUCGUAAUAAUUUAUACGUAUUAUAAAUAUAAAUUCACAAUAUUGAAAGUGAUAUCUUAAUAAUAAUAAAGAUAAUGAAUAAAAAAAAUGCAUUGAAUUUUAAGUAUAUUCUAUACUUCUUCUAUGAUUGUAGUUAAAACGAUAUUUUACUAUACCAUGAAAUGUGCACAUUAACAUUUAAUCUUCAUAUGAAUGAAGGAUGAACGACUCUUUGAUGGGAAAGCAAAUAUUUUCCAUCUCCGUAUCCGGAAUGGAUCGAUUUCGUCGGUCCGCGAUUCGAUGGUAACACGAACGUUCGCGGUUGGCCACAUAAAUAAACAGAGUCGAAUUUAUAGAACUCGUGCUGUUCGGUUAUUCCUCUCCGUGUUCUUCGACCGCGGAGAAUCGUCAAUAUUCUCUCCAUCGGUAUCGUGUCGAGGUGCGAAGUGAAUAUAUAUUUUUCUAAUUUCGAUUAAAUUAUUUCUCGAGUGUGUUAUAAAAUUUUACGCUUAUUAAAGCAAAAAUGUGAUCGAGAAAUGAAAUAAUAUAUGCAUAUAAUAAAUAAAUUAUAUGUAAAGAUUAUUAUUUUAUAUCUUAUUGAUUAAAUUUUGUGGAAAUAUAAUUCUACAUUCGUAUAUUAUUAUCGGUGUCUGAUGAUGAAAAUGUGAUUUUUAUUGAUAAAAUGUGUUUGUGUAACAAGGAUUUUGUCAAAAUCUGUUACCAUCGAAGAGAGUUGGGAGUUAUCAUUCGAGCAUUUCCCUGUACCAUGCGAUCCACGAGAAUCGAGAAGGAAUGAGGAAACUGGAUGACGGCAGAUGGAACGACCAUGUGAUCCUGAAUGUUGGCGGUGUACGCCACGAGACUUACAAAUCCACACUGAGAAAAAUACCAGCGACCAGGCUGUCGCGUUUAACCGAGGCACUGGUCAAUUACGACCCUGUUUUGAACGAGUACUUUUACGACCGACAUCCAGGCGUCUUCGCCCAAGUAUUGAAUUACUAUCGUACGGGAAAACUUCAUUAUCCAACAGAUGUCUGCGGGCCACUUUUCGAGGAGGAACUCGACUUCUGGGGUCUGGACUCUAAUCAGGUGGAGCCAUGCUGUUGGAGCACGUACAGCAGACACAGGGACACUCAAGCGACUUUGGCGAUCCUCGACAAAUUGGACGUGGAGGGUGAGAGGCUGAGCGAGGAGCAGAUCGCGCGACUUUUCGGCUUCGACGAGGAGAACGGGAAGGGGGCAAGGUUGACGAGGUGGCAAAGGUCGCGGGCGCGGGUGUGGGCACUGUUCGACGAGCCGUACUCGUCCUUCGCUGCCAAGUGCGUGGCGUGCGUGUCGAUACUUUUCAUCUGCCUCUCGGUGCUGUGCUUUUGCCUCAAGAGCCACAGGAAGCAAUCGAGGGACGACGACGACGAUCUUCGUUCUUACCCCCUGCUCUUUUACGUGGAGCACGCGUGCAACGCGUGGUUCACCCUCGAGAUCACCCUUCGAUGCUUGGUAAGCCCAAGCCUGAAGAGAUUCGCUAUGUCGCCAUUGAACGCGAUAGACUUGGCCGCCACGCUCAGCUUCUACACCGAGUUCCUCACCAAAUCCAGCCUGUAUCUCGAGAUACUGUCGAUAGCCCGGGUCCUGCGCCUCUUCAAGCUGACGAGACACUCGCCAGGUCUCAGAAUUCUGAUCCACACUUUCAAAGCUUCCGCCAAGGAGCUCGCUUUGCUGGUUUUCUUCCUCGUCCUUGGGAUAGUCUUGUUUGCAAGCCUCAUCUUCUACGCUGAGCGCCUUCAAGAAAACCCGCAUAACGAUUUCGACAGCAUACCACAAGGUCUCUGGUGGGCUUUGGUGACCAUGACGACAGUUGGUUACGGCGACAUGACACCAAAAACCUUUCCCGGAAUGUUCAUAGGGGGAUUGUGCGCUAUUGCAGGCGUUUUAGCCAUCGCUCUUCCGGUUCCUGUUAUCGUCAGCAACUUCUCCAUGUUUUAUUCCCACACACAGGCUCGUAGCAAAUUGCCGAAACAAAAACGAAGAAUUUUACCGGCGGAGGUGCCAAGACGAUCGAGAUGUUUGAGUUAUCGGGAUGCCAACGAUAUUCAAUUUCAGCUCGUUUCCAGGUCGUUGAGAUCGAGGCCGCCAACCAUCGGAUUAGAAAAUGUUUUAAAUUUACAGCCUAAUAUCAUGAUAAAUUUACCACGAGAGUCCACCGUCGGAGGAAGCAUAAAUUCUGACAGAGUGGAUUCUCCUCUCCUAGCUAGCAACAAUCCCGUGAAAAAUGGGAAAACAGUCGACGAAGCCAUGGAUGACGUGCUCCAGGAGGAGGGGAGGAAAAGGGGUAACUCUUUCACGAGGAACUGUAAAGACGUACACUUGCCCCAUCGUCCCUGAAACGAUGUAAUAAAAAUCAAAACGAAUCGAAUAAAAAGAAAUUUUCAUGAUCAAUUAUCAA